ACUGAUAAAAAAGUGGGCGAUCUAAAAAAAAGCCGUUGUAAGCUCUGGAUUUCUGGUGGCAGAUAUCUAGCGCAAGUGUAAACACUUCAAGUCACCCUCAGGAGGAGAAAGCCCGCGUUUAGCGCUUUCCUCUGUCUCUCUGUCUAACGAACCGAUCUUCGAAUGCUUCUUCAAGUCAAGUCUUGCAUUGCUUCUCAUGGCUUGUUCUUUUGAGACCCUCUGUUGUGGAACGUCCAAUCUCAUCUGGCUCCACGUGUUUUGAGACAAGUUCAAAGUCAGGGAGAGUGCCGAAAAUACGAGCAAAAUGAAAACCGACAAAAUUGUUGAUGUGGCCCCGGAUGAUCCGAAGAAUUUUGUAUACAUCAUCUUCUACUGGUUGGGGAUUGGCACUUUGCUGCCUUGGAACUUCUUCAUCUCCGUGAGCGAAUACUGGAAGUACAAAUUUCGCACGGUGAAUGAGACCUACGAUGCCGCCAUGGACAAUUCCACCUCCGGGAUGGUUCUUAACGACUUCCAAAUGUCGUGGUCGUCGCAUUUGGCCGUGGCCUCCAUGGUUCCCAAUGUGACUAUGCUAUUGCUCAAUGCCAUGUUUGGUCAUCGGUUUAGAACACAGCCUCGUCUCCUGGUCAGUUUGAUCUUUGUCAUCGUGUUGUUCAUCGUGACCGUGACCAUGACCAGGAUCGAUACGGAUUCGUGGCAAGAAACCUUCUAUUAUGGGACUUUGGUCUCGGUCGUUAUUAUCAAUAUCAAUGCUGCUAUCUUUCAAGGUGGACUGUUGGGCGUGGCGGGUAAAUUUCCUCCCAAGUACAUGGGUGGAGUAUUCUCUGGACAAGCCUUGGGCGGGAUAUUCGCCUCCGGCACCAACAUUGUACUCCUGGCGCUCGGCGCCAAUGUUGUAGAUGCGGCAUUUUACGAUUUUCUAAUCGCCGUGAUAUUCUUGGGAACUGCUCUAGCUACGUACAUGAUGGUGACACGAUCAGAAUUCUUCCAGCAUUUCGCCGAUGAAAAUUCGGCCAAAACAGUCAUGAAACUACCCGAAGAUGGCAAGCUCUUGAGUGAAGUCGAGACCGGCGUAGCAAUCGUCCAUCCCAAGUCGGUCAAUCUCUGGUCUGUGUUUGUUCAGAUCCUCUUCUAUGCCAUAGCGGUAUUCUCAAUUUUUACGGUAACCUUGGGCUGCUUCCCGAGUAUCACGGUCUUGGUCGAGUCCUCGUAUCAGGGGACCUCCUGGGGCGAUACCUACUUUAUCCCCGUGGCUUGCUUCUUACUCUUCAAUGUGGGCGAUUUCUUGGGACGAACCGCCGCGGAAUUCCUCAAGUGGCCCAAGCCUGGUCGGAUUGGGAUGAUCAUCGUGCUGCUGAUUGCCUUGGCCAGAUUUGCCUUCAUUCCCCUUUUUAUCUUCUGCAAUAUCAACGACUCGAAUAGACAAGUGUCCAUGACGGUGUUUGGAUCAGAUCUAGCUUACAUGCUCAUCAUGUCCUUGUUCUCAAUGAGCAAUGGCUACCUGGCUUCCAUUUGUAUGAUCUCAGCCCCUCAAUUGUUGAAAACGCCCGAGGAACAGCAGACUGCGGCCUCCCUCAUGGUGGCCUUAUUAGGCCUGGGUCUCGGCUGCGGAUCAUUUGUUUCUAACUUCUUUGUUAAACUUGUUUAGAAGCCCACUCCCCCAAACUAUUUAUGAAGAAUAAAUGUAAAUAAGAGUGAUUUUUAAA